UCUCUCUCUCUCUCUCUCUCUCUCUCUCUCUCUCUACAUAUGAAAUGGAGAGAUUAGAGUAAAGCUGAAACCCACUAGUCCAACUUCACCUGCAGCGCCCUGUACAUGUGUGUGUAAGGAUUGAUUGAUUCUAGUGCUCUCUCUACUUAAUUCCCCCAACAUAUAGUCUUGAAAAAUUCACCCAUGUUGGACAACCACACUGCUUCUUCCUCUGCUGCUCCAUCUUCUUCCUCUCAUGAUGCCUUAGAAAAUGGAGGAGCCACUCACAAAAGAAAAAGAAGACCAGCAGGCACACCAGAUCCGGAUGCAGAAGUUGUGUCUCUGUCUCCCAAGACCUUGCUGGAAUCAGACCGGUACGUAUGCGAGAUCUGCAACCAAGGAUUUCAGAGAGAUCAGAACCUGCAGAUGCACAGGCGACGGCACAAGGUGCCGUGGAAAUUGCUAAAGAGAGAAAUUGCUCAAGAUCAGGUCAUCAAGAAAAGGGUGUUUGUCUGCCCGGAGCCCAGCUGUCUGCACCAUGACCCUUGCCACGCCCUGGGCGAUCUUGUUGGGAUUAAGAAGCACUUCAGAAGAAAACACAGCAAUCACAAGCAGUGGGUGUGCGACAAGUGCUCCAAAGGCUAUGCGGUUCAAUCUGAUUACAAAGCCCAUCUCAAAACCUGUGGCACCAGAGGACAUUCUUGUGACUGUGGCCGUGUGUUUUCCAGAGUGGAAAGUUUCAUAGAGCACCAAGACACUUGCACAGUCCGACAUGUCGUCAGGCCAGAAUUCCAGGUGGCACUGCAGCCGGCCUGCUCGUCUCGAACCGCAUCGAGCACCAGCCCCUCCAGCGACACCAAUUUCAGCAUCAACAACAACAAUAAUAAUAAUGUCCCUCAAGCCUUGCCUGGUCUACCAAUGCGGCCAAACCCAACUCACCAUCACGAUCAUCAGCGUGCGCAUGCUCUUAAUAAUCCUCACAGUUCUUGUAACCAGCAGCAGCAGCAGCAGCAGCAACAAGUCCAUAAUAAUAAUAUUCUGGAACUUCAGCUCCUUCCAUCCUCCAACACCCGCACUAUCUCCCCACCAAAUUUAGACGAAAACCACGCGACCCAUUUGAAGCUUUCUAUUGGCUCAUCGUCAUGUGAUCAGCGCGGAGAUGAAAAGAAGGAUCAAACAAGGCAGCCCAGUUCAUCAGGUAUAAGAAGAAGCUGUUCAAAUGCUGAGAAGAUGGACGGUGCUGGGCGCACGUUGGAAGUGGCAAGGUUGAAAGAGUUCGCGAGCGAAGAGUUAAAGCUGGCCAUGGCUGAAAAGGCGUACGCCGAAGACGCUAGGCGAGAAGCCAAAAGGCAAAUAGAGAUGGCUGAGCUGGAGUUUGCCAACGCCAAGAGAAUGAGGCAACAAGCCCUGGCUGAAAUGGAGAAGGCUCAGUUCCUCAAAGAGCAGGCCAUGAAGAAAAUAAGCUCUGCCAUUUUGCAAAUCACUUGUCAAGCUUGCAAGCAACACUUCCAUGCUUCUGCAACAACCGCCGUGGGACCCUCUGAUGAGACCUCUCUUGCGAUGAGUUACAUGUCCUCCGCCACAACCGAAGGAGAAGGAGAUCACGAUCAAUGACCCCACCGGGCACAUGAUUAUGAUUGAUGAUCAUGCAACAUCAGCUAGCAAACGAUACUGUUAAUUAAACCAUAUUUUGUAAUUGGUUUGGUAACUCUUUUUUUACGUUUUUAUUGUUUUCACAUGCAAUGCUUAUCUUGUAAACAGACAGACGUCUCACAAUCUUUUUUCAGUUUUCAUCAGUUUAUUAUUGCUUUAUGAGAGUAGGGAUCUUUAUUUCUGACCAUUGUUGGGGUAUUGGUUGAAGAGUGUUGUAAUUGGGUUCUUGUAUUUAAUAUUUUGAUCUAUUAAAAAUA